AUGAAAGAUAACAAUUUAUCAAAAUAGUUUCAUGACUUUUCAAGUUAAAACUAAAAUGACAAAAGAAAGGACAAUUCUGCAUUUCUAAUUUAAAAAGAAUCCAAAAGAUUAAUUUUAUAAGUAUUUAAUCUGUUAAAUUAAGUUAGAAUGGUGAUUUACGUUCUAAAUAACAUUAUAAUACUCAAUUUUCAAAAAAGAAUCUUUCAAAAACAAUUACAGAAGAUUAGAAGCAAGAUGAUGGUUUUGUUGAUAAUUUUUCUAUUCAUAACUUAAAAAAUUAGUAAGUUUCAAAAGAUAAAUCAUUAUGUUUAGAAAUAAAUAAAAAAUCAAAUGAGGUUCAAACAUCAAAAUAUUAUUUGAAUAAUCAAAUAAAUGAUUAAUUUACAUUGAACUAAUAAUAGUCUAUAAAAACUAUUAAUAAAUCUCUUAAUAUUAUAAAUACAGAUCCUAAAAAAGUAGCAUUAGUUUCAGAUAGUAUAUUUUAGGAUACUUCAAAAAAGAAAAAAAUUGAAAAUUAAGAAUAAUAAAAAAAAAAUAAGUUACCAAAUAAAGAAAUUAAAUAAUCUUUAUUUUUAAUGGAAUAAGAGUUAGAAAGAAAGAAAUUAGAAUCUUUAGAUAAUAUAUAUUUAUAAGAACAAGGAUAAAAGUAAGUUGAUGAAUUAUUAAAUGAAGGGAAUUAAUUCUGUUCCAUUUAAAUAUAGAAAAAAAAGAGUAAUGAAUUAAAACGUACUAUAUAAUUUAAAAGCAGUUUUGAAGAACAUUAUGAUAAUUAUUAAUAUGCUGACAAUAAAGUAUUUGAAUACAAUAAAUUACUCAAACAUAUAUUUAUGAAAGAUUAUUUUGAGACUAAAAAAUAAGAAUUUGAAUUUAAUAAAAUACCUAGUCAAUUUUAGAGUAGAGAAUAAUAUAGUAGAGUAUUUUAAUAAUUUUUUUUACAUGAAGCUUGUGCUUAAAUAAAACAAAAUUUAAUCGAAUUUCUAUUUAAAAUGGAUAAAAAUAAUAAAUAUAGAAAAAUUUAAAUAAAGUUAGAUGAUUAAGAAGUUAAUAGAGAUGGAACUAUAUUUUAAAUAAGAAAACUAUUUGAUGAAUAAAAAUUAGAAUAAAAUUAAACUAAAGAAAAUGAUAUAGAUGAUAAAGAAACUUAAGGUGUAAAAAAAAUGAAUUUUGAAGAUAUAAAAGAUGGAUAUUGUGAAUUAACAUCAUUAAAAAACUAUUUGAUAAUUAUAAGCAACAAAUUUUAAAUUAAGUUAAGUUAGUUAAAUGAAAUAAAUGAUAAAAAAAUGCUUUUUUUUGGAAUAUUAAUUGAGCCUCAAAAAGCAAGUUCUCUUUAAUAGAUGAGAAUUCAAAGCUUUAUAAAUAGAUCAUAAAUAAUUCCGUCUAAAUGGUAUAAUGUUUUUUUAAUACCAUUUAUGAAGAUAACUACUUUAAUUAGAGAGUUUUAAGCACUUACAUAGUUACGUUAUAUGAUGACACCAUUAAUUAAUAUAAUAUAUGAUCCAAAUAAAUAAUAACAUUUGUUAGGAACUGAAAUAGGAGGUUCAUGGACAGCAUAAUUUAGUAAUUAGAUAUCAAAUAGUGAAUGUUUUAAUAAGUUUUUUAAAUUGGUUGAUUAAAGAUAUAAUUAAAGUUAAGCUAAAUCUAUAAAGGAAAUAUUAUAAUAAGAGAAGGGUAUAAGCUUACUUUAAGGGCCAGUAAAAUUUAUUGAAUAAACCUUAGCCUGGAACCGGUAAAACUUAAACUUUGAUUGGUCUAUUAUCUGGUGCUUAUGAAUAUAUGAAAAUAACAGAUAAAUUUCCAAGGAAAAAAAUAUUAGUAUAAUUUUAAUUUGAUAAUUAGAUAUGUGCUCCAUCAAAUGCAGCUAUUGAUGAAAUCAUUUUAAGAAUUAUGAGAUAAGAUAGUUUAUUUGAUUCAGAGGGUAAAUCUCCAUAAGUUAAACUUAUUAGAAUAGGAUUAAUAGAUGAAGAAAGCGAUUAUUCAGAUACAAUUAAAAAAGUCUCUUUAGAGUAUUUAGCUUAAAAUAUGCUUUUAAAAUCAAAUAUUGUAAAAUAAGGAUCAAAUUAAAAAACAACUGCUGAUUUAAGAAUAGAUAUUUGCAAAAUUUAAAACUAAAUUAAGAAAAUAUAAAAGAAAACUUUAGAACCUUAAGAUAUUGAAUAAAUAUAAAUAUUGAAAUAAGAAUUAUAAAUUAAGCAACAACUUUUAGAAAGAAUGAAAGCAAAUAAAAUAUUAUAUAAAGAAUCAUAUAAUUAAUUUUGUGAAAAGAUAUUAAAUGAAUGUGAAAUUAUUUGUAGCACUUUAAAUUCAAGUGGAUCUGAUAAAUUGCUUAAAUAUAUGGAUUAAAUUGAAUUAUUGAUAGUAGAUGAAGCUGCAUAAUGUACUGAACCAUCAAAUAUUAUUCCAUUAAGAUUGGGUGUUGAAAAAAUGAUUUUAAUAGGAGAUCCAAAAUAGUUGGCUGCAACUACUUUCUCUUUAAAAUCAAGUUAAAAUUUAUAUAAUAGAAGUUUAUUUGAAAGAAUAUUAGAUAACAAUUUUUAACCUUAUUUCUUGAAUAUUUAAUAUAGAAUGGAUAGUGAAAUCAGAAAAUUUCCAUCUUUUGAAUUUUACUAAAAUAAACUUACAGAUCACGAAUCAGUAUUACAUAGAGAAUUACCAGAAAAUUAUUUUAAAAGAUCAAUGUUAUUUUUAGAUAUUAUUGAUGGAUAAGAAAAAAGAGAUAACACUUCUUUUGUUAAUGAAAAAGAAGCUAAUAUAAUUAUUUAAUUAUUAUAAAACAUAAGAGAAUAAUUUGAAAAUUAAACUAUAGGUGUUAUCUCAUCAUAUAAAGCAUAAGUUAAAUUAAUUUAAUCUUUAUUUAAAUAGAACAAAUCAAAUCUAAAAGAUAUUGACAACAAAAUAUUAAGUGUUAAUACAGUUGAUUCAUUUCAGGUAUAUAUUAAUCUAAAAUUAGGGUUAAGAAAAAGAUAUAAUCCUAUUUAGUUGUGUUAGAUCAUCUGAUUGUAAAGGAAUAGGAUUUUUAAAUGAUGGAAGAAGAAUUAAUGUUGCAUUAACAAGAGCUAAAUAUGCUCUUAUUGUUGUAGGCAAUGGAUUAACAGUAUAUUUCUUUUUAUUAUUUUAGCUAUCGAAAGGAUAGCUAUGGAGGAACUUUUUAUCAAAUAUGUAAGAAAGAGAACUUUACAGAAAAAUAGAGACUAAUGAAAAAUAUUCAUUUUAAAGAAUUCUUAAAGAUGAAUGGGAGGAAGCUGAUAAAUAAAUGUCAGAUCAGUUAAUUGAAAAUUUAACAUCCAAUGAAAUCUAUAAAUUUUGA